AUGCUCAGAGCUCGUCGUCCUGCCGGCCCUGGUCGCGCUCCCUUGAGCGACCUGUCUUCGUCGUCCGACAACUCGCGCAGAGCAGCUAUGCUGGAGGGACGACCCAAGCGAAGUCGCACUCCCUGUCAAGAUGAAGUGGCGUUCAAAAAGCUGCAAGCGCGCAAGCUGGACUUGCAAACUCGCGUCCGGCAGCAGAUUGAGGUGCUGUCUGGCCUCGAAAGUAAUGUGCUGGAUUUCUACUACACUCACAUGCUGCGGUUUGAGCCGCUACUGGAAUCUGUAUUUCCUACACCACCGUCAGCAGCGACAGCGCCAGCCUCGGUCAGUAAUGGUGUAUUAGGCGAGGGGCUAACAGAGGUUUUCCCUGAAUUGAAAAGUACCACCGCCCUCGUCGGCAUCUGCGAUGGAUGCCCCCCCUCAUUAACACGCGAGCCCGUACCAAUUCAGCCAGCUGCGGUACCGGGAAAAACGCGCUACUACUACAAUAGUGCGCUGAUGCGACUGUACCGUGAGGUCGCCCUGCAAGAAAAGGACCUGGCACAGGAGUACGCCAGUGAAACGGCUAGGCUAGCCGCAGAUGAGCUGUCGGUCCAGCGUGACAUUAUCGACGGAUCUCUCGCUGGCCAGCUCCGCAUAGAACAAGAGGAGCAGGAAGCACUCAACAAACUCCUCGAAUUCCUUGCGGGGGUGACAGCGCAAUGUGCGGCAUACCGGCAGUUAGUUCAGGCUGCGGGUGAGCGUAUCAAAGGCAUCGAGAAGGCCAGGGAGGCGUGUCUCGUUCGCAAGACAAAUCUUGAGGCCAAGAAGUUGGAGCAGAUGGGUAACGCGGAGCGCAUCAAGGAGGAGGUGGCUGCGUAUCGCCGAUGCGUCGAGGUCGCCGCCACAGAACUGGAGAAACGGAAGCUGAUCAACCGCAGUCUAGAGGAUGAAAUUGAGAAAAGGCGAGCUGCAAUGAAGCGACGCAGGAAGGAGUAA